AUGUCGAAAGCCACCUUAGCUGUGAUUGCCGCCGCCAGUGCGGCCACCGGUGCCGGCGUCACUGCGUUGCUGUACUCCUCCAAACCAUCGCAACCCCAACAGCAACAACAGCCGCGGCAGCUGCCCCCGAGCCCUCCAACAAACUCCGCUGUCAAGGUCCCCACGGCUACCCCCACGCCUACUCUCGCUGCCAAAGCGGCCACAGGCCCCGUUGACCCCGCGGGCGUCCUGCAGUAUGGCUUCCCCGGCCCGGUCGUCGACGAGCUCUCCUCCCUCCCCGUGCACGGUACCUACGACCGGCGUACCCGCAACCCCGCUUGGGUCGCCGAGCACAUCACCCCGGCAUCGUUGGCCAUGAACAACGCCGACCGCAAGCACAGCACCUUCGUCGAGGACACCUCGAUUCCGGCGCUGUUCCGCGCCAAGCUGGCCGACUAUUUCCGCUCGGGCUACGACCGUGGCCACCAGGUACCGGCCGCAGAUGCCAAAUGGUCGCAAGAGGCCAUGGACGACACCUUCCGACUGUCCAACAUGUGCCCCCAGGUCGGUGAAGGCUUCAAUCGCGACUACUGGGCACACUUUGAGACCUUCUGUCGCGACCUGGCCAAGCGCUACCCCUCCGUUCGCAUCGUCACUGGCCCACUGUAUCUCCCCCACCGCGACCCUGACGGCAAGUGGCGUGUCAACUACGAGGUCAUCGGAAACCCGCCCAAUGUCUCCGUGCCGACCCACUUCUACAAGGUAAUCUACGCCGAGGACGGAACCAACUCGCCCACCAGCAAGGUUGCUCUCGGUGCCUUCGUUCUGCCUAACGCGCGCAUCCCCAACGAGAAGAGCCUGUCCGACUUUGAGGUCCCGCUCGAGGCUGUUGAGCGCGCAUCCGGUCUGGAGUUUGCGUCAAAGCUGGAUCUUAGUCGGCGCCGGCGUUUGUGUCAGGAGGUCAAGUGCGAGGUCGUGGUGCGCGAAUUCAACGAUGCGAAGAAGCGGAGCUAG